ACCAACGGCGCCACGACACGUCAGUCAGUUGUCGAGGUUAGAGGUCACGGCAGGAAACAUGGCGGCUCCCAGUAAAGCGGCCGUGGUGCUGAGGGCUGUGAAGAAGAUAGCCGUUCAGUUUUGUCCCUUUGAGCCCAACGUCAGGUCCACGCGGGAGUUUCUGGCCAUUGUGGCUUCAGAGAAGGUGAGAUCCACCAACAUAAACUGUGAAGUGGUACCCACGGUGAAACAUGACCAGUCUGAACCUGUAGUUGAUGUUACUUUCUUAGAUGGAGACAGGCUUGUGAUGAAGGGAGCAAAGUUGACCAGCAGCGAGAUGCUGAGUGCGUUUCAGUCACGCUGCAAAGCCAAGGACCCACAAGCCAACGUUGCAGCAAAAAAGUGAUGACCUGCAUGUUGACUGCAUCUAUAUUGAAUUUGUCUGUAUUUAUCUGUGUAUAUCUGCUGAUGUUUAUAAUAAAAGCAUUUGAGUUGU